GCAGUUAAUUGCAAAAACCACGCCCGGCGGCUUCGUCACUGUAAGCGGCUGGAUCUGAACGGAGUUUGUCUGUCCUCUAGGGGUCGCCCUCCAGGGCCGUCGUCUCUCUUCAUCUGGGAUCAUGUACUAGAGCCGACCCUGCGCAGCAACCAUGAAAGGCUUAGGGGCCAACCGUAGCCGCCAUCUGUCCGACACCUGUGACCCCACCGCGGGCCCCCAGGAGCCCCUGUGCCCCUUGGCCCCGGACCCCCACGCCGCCUUCCUCCUGAGCCCCACCGUCAACCACUACGCCACUCUGGACCCUCACCUCCAUCAUUUUCCUGUUUCCACGGCGACGACGCUGCAGUCCGACUGUCUGCUGCCCCUCAACAACCAGCUGAGCAACAGCAGCACCUUCCCUCGCCUCCACUACACCACCCAGCCGGAGCAGAGCGACUACACACAGGUACAGGCCUUUACUGGAAAUGUUAUUGCUGUUUUCUAUGCGUUAUUAUAA